CCGGUCCGUCGCGGUGCUGUCCGACGCGCACCUGGGCCGGGGUGGAGCGGAAGACGCGUGGAGCCGCGCGCGGGCUGGCGGGCUGUGCAGCCUUUUAAUUUCAGUGGAGUUCACCAUGAGAUUUAAUGUCAAGCCCUAUAAUGUUAAUUCAGAGUAACAGUCUACAGAGUUAAAUAUAUUCCUGCUGACAUGGACAUGCAACCAUUGAAUUCAUUUCUAAAACAUAAUUGCCAUCUCUAGGACAAAAAAAGCACACCUAUGAUAUGUGUUUUAGAAGUAGAUCUUGAACUGUGACUUGAAAGAAGAAUGUCUGUCAGUCCAUCUGUAUUUCUUCAAGAAAGUGAAGAAAAUAAUGUAAAAUCUGUGGAAACAAAGCAAUCACAAACUACUUUCAUAGCUUCAGAAGACCCCCUUCAAAACUUGUGCUUAGCAUCUCAAGAAAUUCUUCGAAAAGCUCAGCAGAGUGGGAGGUCAAAAUGUCUCAAGUGCGGUGGCUCAAGGAUGUUCUACUGCUAUACCUGUUAUGUCCCAGUUGAAAAUGUACCCAUUGAACAGAUUCCAGUUGUGAAGCUGCCUCUGAAGAUUGACAUUAUUAAACAUCCAAAUGAAACAGAUGGCAAAAGCACUGCUAUCCAUGCAAAACUCUUAGCACCUGAGUUUGUCAAUAUUUACACAUACCCUUGUAUUCCAGAAUAUGAAGAAAAGGACCAUGAAGUUGCACUUAUUUUUCCUGGCCCUCAGUCUAUCUCAAUAAAAGAUAUUUCUCUUCAUCUGCAAAAAAGGACUCAAAAUAAAGGCAAAACUGAUGACCUUGAGAGGCCAUCUAUUAAACGCAAGAAAACUGAAGAACAGGAGAGCUGUGAUUUCAGUGACGGCAAAUGCAAAGGCACAACCCUGAAAAGAGUCAUCUUUAUAGAUAGCACCUGGAAUCAGACAAACAAGAUAGUCACUGAUGAGCGGCUUCAGGGGUUGUUACAAGUGGAGUUGAAAACAAGAAAAACUUGCUUUUGGCGCCAUCAAAAGGGAAAGCCAGAUACUUUCCUUUCCACAAUUGAAGCCAUCUACUACUUUCUGGUAGACUAUCACACUGAUAUAUUAAAAGAGAGAUACAAAGGACAAUAUGACAAUCUUCUAUUUUUCUAUUCAUUUAUGUACCAGUUGAUAAAAAAUGCCAAAUACUCUGGGGCUAAGCAAGCAACAGAACUUACCCAUUAGUUGUUUACAAGCUACCUGUCAUUAUAUUCUGCUAAAAUUAAUAAACUUCUACUUGUGCUUUUUGUUUAUUCUUGGGAAA